UAUGUAUUUCAUGACAAUCUAAAGCAUGUUCAAACUAAAAGGCUAAAUAUUUGAGGGUAAAAUCGACUUUAAAGUCAAUAGCCUAAAGCAAUGUAGCUACCGUUCAGAGGUGUGUGAAUGAAAAUGAUACUUGGAAAAACGAACAACUGGUGUUUUAACUUCCUGUAUUCCAAAAUACUCUGAAAAAGAAUUAUAAAUGUAUUUAUCCUGACAGUGUGCAACCAAGGUGCAGCAUUCACUAAGAAGUACAUCGAUCAUCUAUAGAUAAGCUGACCAAUAGCCUAGAACCUAGCUGAAAUGUUGGUGUGGUACUUUUGCAACCUCAUCACCUUAUAUAAUCAUCCGAAAUGAAUUCAAUGAAGACAGAUAAAUAUUUCCUACAGCAAGAGAAACAUCAUAAGGAUUUAUUCAUAUCUUUAACAUGCGUUGAAAAAACCCAAUCACAACCAGUGUACAGAAUUACCAACAAAUAGUUGAACAGUCAAAGAAAAAUUCCAGCAUAUACCUCAAAAUGAUCUCGACGUUAGUUUUUUACUUUUUAUCGGCAGCCUUCAUUUACAUUACGCUGUAUUACAUCAGUGAGCUACGAGAUUUUUAUAUUCUUCGCAUGCCACCAGGUCCAAUUUCAUUACCGUUCAUUGGAAACCUACUCAAUCUUGAUAACAAAUUUAUGCACCUAUCUCUUGUACAACUUGCGAAAAAACACGGCAAAAUUUUCACAAUCAAAUUCGGCACAGAUCGUGUGGUCAUUUUAAAUGACACAGCACAAGUUAAGCAAGCCUACAAUGGACCGCAUCUCACCAGUCGACCCAAAGUGUUUUCAAUAGACUUCUUCCUGAAUAAAUGCUUUAUGACGUGCUCCGACAGAGACGAAUUUCGAACUCACGCCAGACUUAUGAAAAACACAUUUCGUGUGAUUUCAGACAUAAACCUCAAUGCAAAAAUUACAGAGGAGGCAGAAGACCUAAUAAGGCAAUUUGAAAGCUACAAAAAUAAGCCAUUUAAUCCAAGAAAAGACUGCCACUUGGCUUCUCUUAACAUUCUUUACAACCUUGCAUUCGGACAACGGUACCACCGUGACGAUUCAGAGCUUGAGGAAAUCUUGAGCUAUUCCUCUGACAUAAUCAAGGGAAUCUCUCCGGCGCAUCCUGUCAACCUGUUGCCUUGGUUACAGAAAAUCCCCAACAAAUGGUUGAAUGCACUAAGCAAAGCACGGGAUAGGAGAGACCAUCUGCUUAUGAAGAAGUAUCAUGAACAUGAUUCGACUUACAAGGAGGGUGUCAUUAGAGACAUGCUGGAUGUGUUGUUAAAGGAAGCGCAUGAUGCUAGAGCACAGGGGGAUCAUGAUCUCCUUCGUCUGCUAACUCCAGAACACAUUGUCAUCAAUAUUUGGACCAUAUUUUUUGCAGGUAUGGACACUGUUCUGACUGCACUCUUGUGGUUGCUACUGUACAUGGCUGCAUUUCCGGAUGUUCAGUUGAAGAUUCAGAAAGAAAUGGAUCACAUUCUUGGUGAUGCAAAACCAACCAUUAUGGAUGAGAAAAAACUUCCACUCUUAACCGCAACAGUGUACGAAACAUUACGGUAUAGUUCACUAUCCCUACUGGGGGUGCCUCAUGCUGCCACCCAAGAUACAACAAUAGGAGGCUUCCACAUUCCAAAAGAUACGCAAGUAAUGGCCAACUUCUGGACGAUAAACCAUGAUGAAACUGUAUGGCAUAAACCAGAUACUUUCUCACCAGAGCGAUUUUUAGAUACUGAUGGGAAUAUGCGCAACUUGACAGAAUUCCCACAUUUUAUGCCAUUUUCAACCGGACGUAGAGCAUGUCUUGGAAAGAACAUCGGAAAAUCUGAGAUAUUUCUCCUGGCAGCAUUUAUUCUACAGAAAUUCCACAUUGAACUGCCAGAAAACACGCAGCCCAACCUGGAUGCAGAUGUGCAUUUUGAUCUUGUGCCAAAAGCGUUUGAAUUAGUUGUUAAUAAGAGACAGCAACUGUGAAGAACAUACGAUGAAGCUUGAACAUCAGGACUUGUUACAUAUAAACAACCUGAUUCCUGCAGUAAGACAGGAUCAGAAUCCCACUGCACCAAAUCCCAACAGAAUUAUUGUUGGGAAUUCCUUGACGGUAGGCCACGAUCCUGGUGAAAUUGUGACCAAAAUGCCGUCAGGAUCUGAUAAGCCACUAACAUCAUGACUGAUAUCUUGCUGCGAUCCUGGAGAGAUUUUUGGGUCAGGUUACACUGGACUUCAAUCUAGUUCAAGUGUCUAUGAAAUCACAUAAGCCUUCCAAAAUCUAAUUUAGACUUUAGGGAUUGUAUAGUAUAAAUUUACUGCUUCAUAUGACAUAAUCAAAUACCGCAUACUAAAAUACCUGUAAGAUAUAGCACCAUCUCAUACUCUAUUAUUAUUACAAUGUAUUACUGCCCAGAGGAUUGAUAGCCAGCAUGUUUUUGCUGGGAGGUGUGAAGUGUACAGUGAGUUCCAAGGUAGAUGGUUAGGGUUUUCCCUUACUUAUUUUAGAGGUCCUGGGGGUACUGUAUGACAUUUUAAUCUCUCAUUUAAAUGAUUUCACAACUGACGAGAGAAUUUUUGGCUGAUAUAUAAAAAAAAGAUUGAUUGAUUGAUUGAUUGAUUAACUGAUUGAUUAAUGGAUUGAUUGAACUGUGGUUUAGCUCACUAAUUCACAUUAAAUAUAACUGCUGCAUAUUGAACACUGUGUCACACACAAUCGCACAAAACCAUUAUUGCAAUACAUUGAAAAAUAAUGUUAAAAAGGUCUAGCCUUUCUAUAUAGCUGGCUACUUAUAAGUAGAUAGAUAGACAGGUAAAAGUUUUGAAAAAGAAUACUGGUAGAUUGUUUUACCCAAGCAGGAAGUCGCAGCUUAUAGACCAAUUACAGCUGGCCAAAAAAAACCAUAGCCAGCUAUGAAUAGACCACUGUUUAAACUAUAGUAAUAGUCUAUAAUUUGAAAUAGACAAUUGUCUACAUCUUGAUUGUAGCCAGAAAUCUAUGUACUCUUACUAUAGCCAUCCAUCCUACAAGUUAAAAAAAGGUAAGCUUAAAUAAAAAUGUGUUUAUUACAGUAGAUCAAUAUUGUGUACCAUUAAAAAAAAAAAUCUUAGCCAAAUAUUUAAACACUGAGGGCGCUAUACUACUAUGAUGAUUUAGACUACUUAGUAUUUGGAUAUUCUAAAAUGUUGUGUAUUAUUAGUAAAGGUUCACUCACCUCACAGUAUCUGAUCUUCAAUGAGAAAGACAACUUACAUUGCAGUGUCUAGACAACACGACCCCUAACUAUAAAAAUAACAGGCGCAAAAUGAAUGAAAUAAUAUUCAAUAAAAAACAAAAUACAAUCAAUUAACUAAUAAAUCAAUUAAUCACUUAUAGGGAUUGAUAACUUUAACAUGUGCCACCCAAAGAGGAUGACCACUUGGCAUUUGGCAAGUAUGACAGGAUUUGUUUUUUAUUUUUUUUUAUUUUUAACAUUUGCAUUAGAAAUGCUAUCUGAAAUAAGAAAUAGAUAUAUAAAAUUGUUUAUGGUAUAUCAGAAAAUGUUAUGAUAUAUAUUUAUUUAUACUUAAUGAUUUAUUACGGUUGUUUGAAUCUACUGUCUGUACUCAUGUGUAAAUGAUCAGCUAUUGUAUAGAUUAUUUAAUUUCAUGCUACAGUAUAUAAAAUUAAUUUCCUCAGUUUCAGAUUAUACAAAUGUGGUAGGCCCUUUUAUUAGAUAGGAAACAAUGGGAUUAAAAGAAACUCAAUUGGUUUACAA